GCCUUGGUAAUUUGAAUAAUGAUAAACUUUAUUUUUUUUUAAGCGUGGUUAUUUGAAUUGUCCUUUGAAUACCAAGAAGUUUACCUCCUUGUUACAUUCGAAAUGUAUGUCCUGUUGUUUAAGUAAAAGCUACGUUUUACCAUUUCCGGUUCAUUCCUCCCGACAUACUGAUCUUUUUGAUAUUAUUCACACAGAUGUUUGGGGAAUAGCACCCAAAUUCAGUAGGCUUGGUUAUAAAUACUACGUCAAAUUUAUUGAUGAUCAUUCACGGUUUACUUGAAUUUAUUUUCUUCCUCAUAAAUAUGAGGUUGUGUCUAAAUUCAAAACAUUUAGUAAUCUUGUGGAGACUCAAUUCAACAGAAAAAUCAAGGCCCCCCAGUCUGACCCAGGUGGGGAAUACCUUCCAAAAGAGUUUUCUUCCCUCUUCUCUGAUAAAGGGAUCCUUCCCCAGAAAAGUUGCCCGCACACUUCUCAGAAAAAUGGGAUUGCCGAACGCAAACAUCAGCAUAUUUUGGAGACAACCAGGGCAUUACUUUUUGAAUCAGCAAUUCCUUCCAUUUUUUGGUGUGAGGCUCACAGUUGUGCAUUUGAUUAAUAGACUGCCCACCCUGUGCUUGAGAAUAUUUCCCCAUAUGAAUCUUUAUUUCAAUCCCCUCCUUCAUACACACACUUUCGUACAUUUGGAUGACUUUGUUUUGUUCAUCUUCCUUCCUUGGAAGAAACAAAUUGUCCCAGCAAGCAGCUAAGUGCGUGUUCAUUGGCUACAGUGAUGAACAUAAGGGUUUUUUAUGCUAUGAUCCGGAGGCUCGAUGAACACGUAUAUCCCACAAUGUUGUCGUCCUUGAGCAUAUUCCUUUUUAUUCUCUUCAAAAGGAGUCUCAUAUAUCAAAUGUUUCUUAUCUUCCUAGUUUUUCUAGCUCUACUUUAAAUUCUACUAAGAAAUUGUAGGUUUAUAGUCGAAGGUUGCUGCCUCCUCCUACAUCUGCUCCUACUCCUGAUCACUCAUCCGUGUCACCCCCACCUCCAAGUAACAUCACUCCUGAACUCUCCGCACCUCCCCGUUGUUCUUCUCGUGUUUGUAAACCUCCAGACCGCUUUGGAUUUUCUGCUCUCCUUCCCACUGUAGAUUCUAUUUCUGUUCCUUCUUCUUAUUCACAGGCCAAAGAACUACCAUGUUGGCAAGAUGCUAUGACAGAGGAGUUAAUUGCUCUUGAAUCAAAUCACACUUGGGAUUUAGUUCCUCGACCUUCUGGAGUUCAAGUAAUUGGAAGUAAAUGGAUUUACUCUCUCUAGUUGAAACCUGAUGGUAGUUUGGAACGAUACAAGGCUCGCCUUGUUGCUCAGGGGUAUAAGCAAGAGUAUGGUAUUGAUUAUGAAGAAACAUUUGCUCCAGUUGCCAAGAUGCCCACUGUUCGAACUCUACUAGCUGUUGCUACCAUUCGAGGAUGGCCUCUUUGGAAAAUAUAUGUUAAUAAUGCAUUUUUGCAUGGGAAUCUUCGGGAAACAGUUUUUAUGAAACCACCACCAGGAUAUGUCUGUCCUCCCAACCAUGUCUGCCACUUGCACAAAUCCCUUUAUGGUCUUAAGCAAGCUCCUCGUGCAUGGUUUGAAAUAUUUCCCAGUGCCAUCAUCCAAGCUGGCUUUCACCAAAGUCCUAAUGAUAACUCCUUGUUUGUUAAGCGCACAACUCGAGGUUCUACAUGUUUAUUGUUAUAUGUUGAUGAUAUGAUCAUUACAGGAAAUGAUGUAUCAGGAAUUACUUCUCUGAAGACCUACUUAAUGCGAUCCUUUAAAAUGAAGGAUUUGGGACCUCUCACAUACUUCCUCGGAUUGGAAAUUUCUCGUUCCAAAGCUGGUGUUAGCAUUCGACAAAAGAAAUAUGCAGAAGACGUGUUAUCAUUGGCUCAUCUAACAGAUUCAAAACUCUGUGAUACACCAUUGGAAUUGAAAGCUAAGCUACGGAAAGAUGAUGGAUCGCCUCUUCCUGAUCCUACUAUGCACCGUCGUCUUGUAGGAAGCUUGAUCUAUCUCACUAUGACUCGUCCAGAUGUAUCUCAUGCAGUUCAAAUUGUCAGUCAAUUUGUCAGUAAUCCUCAUAAGCCCCAUCUUGCUGCAGUUCAUCGUAUUCUUUGUUAUAUCCAGGGAACUAUGGAUCGAGGGCUCUUCUACUCUUCAACCUCUUCCUUGGAACUUCGCUGUUAUGCUGAUGCUGAUUGGGCUGGCUGUCAAGAUACACGACGAUCUACUACAGGUUGGUGUAUGUUUUUAGGGUCAUCACUCAUCUCUUGGAAGUGCAACAAGCAGCCAACAGUUUCAAAAUCAUCUGCCGAGGUUGAAAACAGGUCUAUGUCAUCUGCUAGCAGCGAGGUGAUAUGGCUUCGUAGAUUUCUUCUAUAACUUGGAAUUCCAAUUCUUGGUCCUACUCUCCUCUAUGUUGACAAAACUAGUGCUAUACAUAUUGCUCAUAAUCCCGUGUUUCAUGAAAGGACCAAGCAGGUAGAAGUUGACUGUCAUUUUAUUCGACACCAUGUUCUCACAGGUUCUAUACAGAUCUGUCAUGUUUCGUCUGAGAACCAGCUUGCAGAUUCAUUCACAAAAGCCUUAGCUUGUCCACGUCAUGAAUCUCUAACGACCAACUUGAUGCUUGAUCAGAAUCCGCAUCAAUUUGCCGGGGGGUGGGUGAGGGUGUAAAUAGUGACAAUAAUUAUGCCUUACAAUUAGGGAUUAUAUUAGCUAGCAUUGACUUACCCUAAAUAAAGUUGAUAUAAUUAUGGGAUAAGAUUAGUUGACUUACCUUUUAGAUAGCUGCUGUAAUUACUACUCCUUGAGUGUAGCCACUUUGUUUGGCAAAUCUUGUAUUAUAAAUUGUAAUGAGAACCAAA